CUCUCUCUCUCUCCCCCCUACGUUUAUUCCACAGCAAUGCUCCGUCGCAAACCAAAACAAAAUCAAAACGAAGCCCACGCCCAAAUCUGAAAUCUCCAAGCGCAAAGCUUCUUCCCCCAUUUCGUCCCCCAAAAUCUCCUCCACCGCAGCCUCCGUCGCCGCCCCCUCGCCGGAACCCUAGCUCCCUCCGAUCCGUAAGUAGUAGCCUCUCGUCCUCUCGUCCUCUCGUCCUCUCUCUCUCUCUCCCUCUCGAUCUCCUCUCGUUCAUGUCGCUCCUCUCCUCCCCCCCUCGCUCUCGGAUAGCGAGCUAGGGCUUCGCUCGAACCCUCCUGGAUUCGCCCUUCCAUUAGGGCUUGUCGGCGAGGAUCGGGUUAGGGUUUGCGCGCCGGUGGAAUGAGAGGUCAUGGAGCAAGAAGAGGAGCGGUUUUGAUCGGUUCGUAGCUGGCGCAAAGGACUCCUCUUUGUAUCGGGAUUUGGGUGGUUUGUGGUGAAUAGUAUGGGGGAUUCGGCUGAUCUGGUGCUGGAGUUCUUGAGGAAGAACCGGUUCACGAAGGCCGAAGCCGCGCUUCGAGUCGAGCUGGACAGCCGCAGCGAUUUGAAUGGGGUUCUCGAGAAGCAGAAUCCGGAAGCUGGGGAAGAGAUUGGGGUAGCUAGUAGGGUUACUCAUCAUGGUACAAGCACGAUGAGUGGUGGUGAGCUCUCGAAUGAGUUCAUUGUGAAGGAGAUUUCAGAAACUAAGAAGGGUUUCGGUACGAAUCGAGUUCAGCAAGAGAGUAGUUCCGGAGAUCUUUACCCUCUAAAUUUGCCUUCAAAUUUGGGCAAGGACAAUGGGAGCAUCGAGGAGAAGUUUACGGAGCUAUUGUUGUCUGAGGAACCAAAACAUCGCCGUAAUGGGAGGGGUAAAGUUAAAGGUGAGCUUGUGUUAGACAUUAAUCAGAACUCUGGUUUUACGGCUAACAAUUCAGAGAAGGGUUGUUCAGUGAAGACGGUUUUCCCGUUUCCUGAUGUAAGUGCGAGCGCCUCAUCAAGUGACGAUCAAGUCCUUGGUCAUGGCGAUGAUAGAAAUGAUGUGAAGAAGAAAGAAGAGUUUAACGAUAUUAGGGAAGAGAGAAGCGAGCACCUAAAUAUUGCACAGAGUAAUAAUUUGCGGAGCUUUGAUUUACCGCUCAUCGGUGAGAGACAAAGGGAAGACCUUCCGAGGCUGCCGCCUGUGCGAAUUAAGUCUGAAGACAAGCUAGUUAAUAUGCAUUGGGAAGACAAGGUUGACCGGGAUGGAUCUGGAGUGAAGCUCUGUAGUGCGGACAAUACCUUUAUGAUUGGGCCUUUUCUUGAUGCUCCGGCUGGGCAAGAUAUGAGCGCUUCAGGUGGGAAGCGAACAAUUGGAACUAGUUGGUUGUCUGUGAGCCAAGGCAUUGCUGAGGAUACUUCAGAUUUAGUAUCUGGUUUUGCAACUGUUGGCGAUGAAUCAAUUGACUAUCCAAACGAGUACUGGGAUUCUGAUGAAUAUGAUGAUGAUGAGGAUAUCGGAUACACACGACAACCCAUUGAGGAUGAAGCAUGGUUUUUGGCUCAUGAGAUUGACUAUCCUAGCGAUAAUGAGAAGGGAACCGGUCAUAGUAGCGGUUUCGAGCAACCAGAUCGCCUCCAAACAAAAGAUGAAGAUGACGAUCAAUCUUUUGCAGAGGACUCUUACUUGUCAGGUGAACAAUAUUGUCGGGAAAAGAAUAUUGAACUAAUGGCGUCUUCUGAGGUGCCAAUAAUAGAUGAAAAUUGUUUGAUAGCUCAAUAUGAUGGGCAACUUAUGGACAUCGAAGAGCUAACAUUAAUGCGGGGAGAACCAGUUUGGGAGGGUUUUGUUACACAAAGCGAUGAACUAGUUUUGUUAGGAAAUGGGAAUGUUUUAGAUGAUUCUGAGCAGGCUCGGGUCAAUGGUCCUUUGUUAGGAGGUGAUCAACAUGAUUCAGUUCGGUCAAUUGGCGUGGGCAUGAAUAGUGAUGCUGCUGAUAUCAGCAGUGAGGCAUGUGAAAGCUUGGUAGGAGGAGACAUAGAAUACGUUCAUGAUAGCAAUGUUGGUAAAACUAGUAAGACCAAUCUGAAUAGUUCGAAGAAAGAAAAUGUAAAGGUGACAAAACAGGACCAAGAUAACUACAUUUUGGCUUCUGAAAAGGGUAUUUUUCCAACAGGAACAAGUAGUCUUGAUGGUGGGUUUUCUUUCCUACCUCCAUUAAGUACUGGAGACAUAGCGAAUGCGGACUCUGGUAAAUCAUUAUGGUCUGAGGAAGGUAAUGUUUUUGUCAGCGAUGAUGCUGAUGAACAUGCAAAUGGAAUGGGUACAGAUGAUAUGCUUGCUGCAUGGAGAAGAAAAAGUAGCGAUUCUUCCCCUGUAAGGAGUUCAAGAGAUGCAAAAACUUCUGAUGUUAAUAGAUCAAGAGACUCAACUGCAUCGUCUGCAUCGGAUUACGCCUUUGCUGAAACAAAGGAUAUUGAGAAGCUGAGAGAUCACAAAAUUGAUGGUGCACAGGAUGAUGCUGUGGCAAAUUUGGAGGAUGAAGAAGUGGCUGCAUUGCAGGAACAAGUAAGGCAGAUAAAGGCUCAGGUGGAAGAGUUUGAAACCUUCAACCUUAAGAUUGUGCAUAGGAAAAACAGAACUGGCUUUGAAGAAGACAAGAAUUUCCAUGUUGUUUUGAACUCUGUUAUUGCUGGGCGAUAUCAUGUUACCGAGUAUCUCGGGUCAGCUGCCUUCAGCAAAGCUAUUCAGGCACAUGACUUGCACACCGGAAUGGAUGUAUGUGUGAAAAUCAUAAAGAACAAUAAAGAUUUUUUUGAUCAAAGCCUUGAUGAAAUCAAGCUUUUGAAAUAUGUCAACAAGCAUGAUCCGGCGGACAAGUAUCACAUUCUGCGCUUGUAUGAUUACUUCUACUAUCGGGAACACUUGCUGAUAGUUUGUGAGCUUCUCAAGGCAAACUUAUAUGAAUUUCACAAGUUCAAUAGAGAAUCUGGAGGGGAGGUUUACUUCACCAUGCCGAGGUUGCAGUCAAUAACUAUUCAGUGUCUGGAGGCACUUCAGUUUUUGCACGGCCUUGGUCUUAUUCAUUGUGAUUUGAAGCCUGAAAAUAUAUUGGUGAAAAGCUACAGCAGGUGUGAAGUCAAAGUCAUUGACCUUGGGAGUAGCUGCUUUGAGACCGACCAUUUAUGUUCGUAUGUACAGUCACGAUCGUACCGCGCACCUGAGGUUAUAUUGGGUCUUCCUUAUGAUAAAAAGAUUGAUAUUUGGUCACUCGGAUGCAUCCUUGCUGAACUUUGUACCGGAAAUGUUCUUUUCCAGAAUGAUUCUCCUGCGACACUGCUUGCUCGAGUGAUCGGAAUUAUAGGCCCCAUUGAGCAAGGGAUGCUCGCAAAGGGACGGGAUACAUACAAAUACUUCACGAAGAACCAUAUGCUGUACGAAAGGAAUCAGGAAACAAAUAGGCUAGAAUACUUGAUCCCAAAGAAGACGUCCUUGCGGCACCGUCUUCCAAUGGCCGAUCAAGGGUUCAUCGAGUUUGUCACAUUUCUUCUCGAGAUAAACCCCAAGAAGCGCCCGAGCGCAUCAGAAGCACUGAAACAUCCGUGGCUCUCCUACCCCUACGAACCAAUAUCCUCGUGAAGUUACUUCUCUGCGGACCAACUUACCCAUUUAAUACCUCGAUUCCGUUCCAGUGCAUACAAAACUGUAUUGUUAUUCCACCAUGGAUGAAUGGGCUGUCAGAUCGACGAAGUCGGUGCUUUGAAGUAUUUAAGCAGCAGGGGAUUUGCUUCUGAGGGUCUUCUCUGUAAUGGGAUGGUUGCCGCCACUUUCCUUCCCUUUUGUGGUGUGGCUUUGUUGUCGUAACCUUUAGUUUUUGUUCAUUGUAUGCCAGAUUAUCAUCUAUAACUGGGGGUGGGGUGGUAAAAGGACAAUGUAUGUCCUGUUGUAUAUUAAUUAUCUCAUUGUUAUUGUUAAUGUGGAUGCGGGGUUGUAGGGAGCUGCAUCGCUGCAUCGCCGACCCGCCGCCUGAUGCCAAAUAGUGCUUCGGGCUACCGCCUUAAUGGUUAGUUGUUAAGCAAUUUUUCGUUCCUGGAUUUUAACCCUUGCUUCAAAGGAAGAUCUUUGUGGUUGGCCUCAAAUUGUAUCUUUGCGGAGUUUUUGCGUUUAUAGACGCACAUUUAUGGGCUAGAUAAUUUUUGUAUCAUCUUUCUCUAGCCGUUUUGAAAGCCAGAUCUUUGCAUUUCUCAUUGGAUUCUGAGCAUUUACUUGUUAGUAGAAGUUUAAUUUGUUAA